UUACAUUCCUGCGAGAUUGCCAGGCCGCAUGGGGUCAGGUGUUGGCUGGGUGGACUUCGUUCAAUGGCAGACCUAUUACCUGCCAGGCUGCUACAGGCAUCGACUGCGAUACGAGCGGGAUGAUCAACCAGAUAAAAAUUCAAGGUGGCAUCAGAGGAGGGCGCCUUCCGAGCUCCAUCUCCAACCUCCGCGAACUCACUGUCCUAUACCUUCGUUACAGUAGGCUCACUGGCUCAGUUCCUUCCGAAGUUUAUGGACUCACAAAAUUGAGGAUCAUAGAUCUUUCAGUGAAUUAUUUUAGUGGAUCAAUCUCCACGGCGGUCAGCAAUCUUAGAAACCUGGUUACCUUAAAUCUCCUGCAGAAUCGUCUGUAUGGCUCCAUCCCAAUUGGCAUCAGCAGAAUUUCCAACCUGCAAUACCUGGAUCUCACCAAAAAUAAUUUCCGCUUCUCGAUCCCAGAUGUAUUGAGCAAUCUUCAAGCACUCACAUCCUUAUCUCUCGCAGACAAUAAGCUGUUUGGCUCCAUUCCCGAUGGAAUCAGUAAUUUUUCAAGACUGCGAAGCCUAUCCCUUUAUAACAGUCAACUCAAUGGCUCAAUUCCUGCUGCAAUCAGUGAACUUAGAACUCUCACAAUGCUAUUCCUCUCGGGCAAUCAGCUGACGGGCUCAAUCCCGGACGAACUCUACGAGCUUACGAACCUGCAAAGGCUGUAUCUCAAUGAGAAUAAGCUCAAUGGCACAGUUUCGCCUGCAAUCGGCAAUCUUGUGAAUCUAGUGGCGCUCUUCUUGCAGCAAAACGAGCUAGAAGGCAGCCUGCCAGAAACAAUGUCUGCACUUGUGUCUCUCGCUAAUCUACAGCUGGCGAAAAAUCGUCUUAGCGGAACGAUUCCUUCUAAAAUUGGCAAGCUGGCUGCAUUGAGUUAUCUGUCACUUGCCUACAACCAGAUCAUUGGAAGCUUACCUGCCAGCCUCAGCAAACUGACAGACAUGCAGACCCUCGAUCUCUCUCACAACUACCUCACAGGCCCCCUGGUGAAACUCCCGCCACUCCUUCCAGCGGACCUGUCCGACAACUACCUGUCGGGUGUUGUGUCCGCACCAAACUGCCAGCGACACAUCAUCGCUGCCAACUGCUUUGCACCAAGCAAAGCCUGCAGUCCUGAGUUGCAGCGACCCGCAGCACAGUGCAUGGCAUUCUGUGGCAUCUCUCCAACCACUGCUGCCUGUGGUGGUCGUGGCGUGUGCUACCCAGACGGGCCCAGCUUGGUGCCAACGUGCUCGUGUGGUGCAGGAUCAGUGCGGUACGGACGAGGCGACUGUGUUCUGCCACCAGGGCCCACGGUGAACAUCCUCCCGCCAUUCGCGUUUCUCACCAAGGGCACGAAGAAGGAGACAAUGGGGAAGUUCAUGGCGAAGCCAAUGACCCUGUUUCAUUACCAGCGUGGUGUUACCUCGGGAUGUGGCUUGGGGUUGGCGUUCAGAGUCAACUUCACCUUCUCUCUCAUGCCCCAGUUUGGUACUGCUGGGUCCAAUGGCUUUGCACUUGUCAUAGCAGCAAAGCCCAAGGUGGGGAAGCCUGCUGGUGUGGGGUACAGUGGAUUGGGACUUCGGAGCAUAGCCGUUGUCUUUGACACGCUUCCGAAUGAUGUGGGCGAGCAGCACGUGGGGCUGUGCAUCAACGGCACAGAGGAGUGUUUGGUCAAGGAGGUGUCUCCAUUCACACUGACCGAUGGCGACUCAUACAAGGUGUGGGUGGACUAUGAGCCUGGGGAUCCCGGCACCAUUCAAGUGUUCCUGGCCAGUUCGAAUACAAAGCCAGACGAGCCACUGCUGCUGGGGAGGGUGUCGCUGUGUGCGGUCCUGCAGCCGGGAGUGAAGCAGCCGGCAUUCUCGUUUGGGUUCGUUGCGUCCACCACUGUGAAUCCCUUCCAGCGGCUAGGCAUUCUCUCCUCCACCGUGCAAACAGGCAUUCCUAAGGUCAAGGCCGUCCUGUUCAAAGAUCAAGCCCUUGGCCUCUCGCUAUCGGAGGACACAUUUGCACCGUCUCGAGGCAGCCCCUUUUCGCGCUACGUGAGUUCGGAUUUCGAGCUCUCGGCCACCAAGAAGGACGCGUGGAGGCUUCGUGACUUCCACACGUGGGACUCUGUGGAUUUCCUUGGCUGGCCUGUCAAGAACCAGCGAGACUGCAAUGCGUGCUGGGCAUAUGCGGUGGUGGCGAGUGUGGAGGCGGCAUACGGCAUUGCAAAGCAGCAGAGCGCCCCUCAACUGUCAGUGGAGGCGCUCUUCGCCCUCAUGGGGCUCUCCGACUCCGACAAGUGCUCCGCUGGCGGCUCCCCCACGCAGGCCCUUGAGAAGCUUGUGGCUCUCGAUGCCUCCAGUGGGCUCACAGGGGACAGUGACCCGGCAACAACGUACCCGGUGCAGUCGUUCGAGCGAGCGCGGUUCAAGGGGUAUGUGGGGCUCAUGAUGGCAGUGCAGAACCAGCCAGUGGUGGUUCACAUCCAGGCGUCUGCUGCCACGUUCGUGAUGUAUGAUGGGACAUACAAAUACCAGGAUCCUGAUUGCUAUACAGGAAGUCUCAACCAUGUUGUACUCGUUAUUGGGUACUUCAUUACGAGAAAUGACGGCAGCCAGAACCGCAUUGCUCCUCCGUUUUGGAUUAUUCGCAACUCGUGGGGAGAGGAGUGGGGCGACAAGGGUCACAUACGCAUGGACAUUCAGGGAGGGGAUGGCGUGUGUGGCAUCAACGUGCUGCCUGGCAUCUACCCCGUUGUCAAGAUUCCAGGGGACCCCUGUGGUCAAAGCAGCUACCAGGGAGAUCGGCCGCAGCCCGUUAUGAAUCCGUGUGGCCGAUUCAAAUGUGGCGUGACAGCAGAGAGCACGAAUAACUGCACCUGCAACAUUCCCACCGCUACUGUGCAGCCUUUUGUACAGGUGGUGAAUGGAGAUGGCUUCACCACAUGUGCUUAUG